UCCACCUGUGAAGGUAAAAAUGACAUAAAAUGCCUUUAAAUAAGACGAUUCGCCAUGAUGUUACGCGUCCUUGCGCGUGGGAACAAGCGUUCUCUGAUGACCACGUGUUUAUCCGUAUCUGUAAUCUGGUUUUCAGGGAGAAACCAUCCGGUUGUAUGCCGCUCUUUAGUUGGUCUUUUCCAUAAUACCGGGAAUAAAUAAAUACGAAACCGGUUCCGGCAAUGGAUCGGGUUCCAGUUACGCCAUCUUGUGUGUCACAGAGGUCAGAGAGCACAGGUGAUAGGUGAAAGUCAUUGCUGCUUAGUGGGCUGUGAGGACCUCGCGAGCAUCAUAUCUCUCCUCCGUUCUCCUCUCCUUACCUUCAGCGAGCCCCUCCAUCCCUCCUCCUCCUCUGCUAUGACAUCUCACACCAGCUGCGCGCUGCCUCCGCCAGCCCGACUCCGCUCCUCCAACAUGGACAUGUGCGCCUGGAAUAGCCGCGAUUGAUCCCCGGGCGACGUUGUUUUUUUGUUUGGUAUUUUGUUUUGCUUUUUGAGAAGAUAUAACAACGCAAGAAGAAAAGGAGGAGGAGGGGGUGGCUGUCAUCUUUUAACCCCCUCCGCUCCCUUCAGCCAAGCAAGAGCGGCAAGGUGGGGGGACGGCUUGCAGCCAGCUUGGAUUUAUUGAACAGCAACAUGAGGGAUUUGGAGAUGCCGAUGAUGGUGAUGAAGCGGAGGAGGCUGAUCAUGAGGAAAAUGGCCCGACUAAGACACGACCUCUCGGUUCUCCUCCUGACGGGGCUCCUCGUCGGGGAUUUCUCCUCCUCUGGUGCCGAAUCAUGCGGUGGUGUAAUUCAAGGCCUGAACGGAACGAUAGAAUCUCCUGGCUUCCCCCACGGCUAUCCCAACUACGCCAACUGCACGUGGCUGAUAAUAACAGGGGAGCGAAACAGGAUCCAGCUCACCUUCGUCACGCUCGCACUAGAAGAAGACUUUGAUAUGGUGUCAGUAUACGAUGGACAACCUUCGCCUGGGAACUUAAAAAUGAGGUUGUCGGGGUUCAUGCUGCCUUCUCCUAUUGUCAGCACUGGCUCUAUAUUGGCCUUGUGGUUUACCACCGAUUUUGCCGUCAGUGCACAGGGCUUCAAAGCUGUCUACGAAGUGCCAUCUAUUGGAUGUGGUGUGGCAGUUCCCAACUCCCUCUAUCCCAAAGUCCUGCCCAGCCAUACAUGCGGCACCCCCGGACUCAUUCCAAACGGAGUCAUCCAUGGUGCGCGGUACAACAUUGGGGACAAAAUCCGUUACAGCUGCGAGUCUGGUUUUGUCCUGGAGGGACAUAAUGUCCUCACAUGUAUCGUGUCACCAGGAAGCGGAGCACAGUGGGACUUCCCUUCACCCUUUUGCCGAGCGGAAGGGGCCUGCGGCGGCACGUUACGAGGCACCGCGGGUUCAAUAACCAGUCCUGGCUAUCCUGCAGAGUAUGAAAACAAUCUGGACUGCACGUGGUCAAUCCUUGCGGAACCUGGGGACACGAUAGCCCUUGUCUUCAAUGACUUUUUAUUGGAAGACAAGUACGACUUCCUGGAAAUCAGCGGAACGGAGGCACCCAGCAUAUGGCUAACUGGUACAACCCUGCCUUCACCAGUUAUAUCAAAUAAAAACUGGCUACGGAUACACUUUACAUCAGACAGCAACCACAGAAGGAAAGGUUUCAGUGCUCAGUACCAAGUUAAGAAAGCAAUAGAGUUGAAGUCCAGAGGAGUGAAGAUGAUGCCAAAUAAAGACUCCAGUCACAAAAAUGCAGUUUUAAGUCAAAGUGGCCUGGCUGGAGAUGUGUGUCCGGAUCCUGGUGUCCCAGAAAAUGGCAAGAGAAUGGGAUCUGCUUUCCAAGUCGGCUCCAGCGUCCAAUUCAGUUGUGACGACAGCUACGUUCUGCAAGGAUCCAAAAGUAUCACCUGUCAGAGAGUGACAGACACACUGGCUGCCUGGAGUGACCACAGACCCAUCUGCAGAACCCGUACCUGUGGUAGCAACUUAAGGGGGCCCCGUGGGAUUAUAACGUCGCCUAACUACCCUGUCCAGUAUGAAAACAAUGCUCACUGUGUCUGGGUAAUCACUGCCCUGGAUUCUACAAAGGUUAUAAAGCUAUCAUUUGAAGAGUUUGACCUGGAACGAGGGUACGAUACACUGACCGUGGGCGAUGGAGGCAAGAUAGGAGACACUAGACGAGUACUUUAUGUACUCACUGGGUCCACUGUACCUGACAUCAUUGUGAGCUUGUCCAAUCAGAUGUGGCUUCAUCUGCAGUCAGAUGACACAAUCGGCUCUGCUGGGUUCAAGGCAGUCUAUGAAGAGAUCGAACGGGGAGGCUGCGGUGAUCCUGGCGUGCCAGCGUUUGGUCGUCGGAGCGGCGAGGGCUUCCAACACGGGGAUGUGCUGACCUUCUUUUGCCAGUCUGCCUUUGAAUUAGUUGGCGAGAGGAGCAUUACGUGCCAGCAUAAUAACCAGUGGUCUGGUAAUAAACCUAGUUGCAUCUUCUCUUGCUUCUUCAACUUCACGGCCCCAUCAGGAACGGUUUUGUCCCCGAACUAUCCUGAGGAAUACGGCAACAAUCUCAACUGCGUAUGGCUGAUCAUUUCUGAACCGGGCAGCCGGAUCCAUCUGCUCUUCUCUGACUUUGACCUGGAACCACAGUUUGACUGGUUGGUGGUCAAAGAUGAAGGUCUGUCUGAGCCUACCACAUUUGGGACGUUUUCCGGAAAGGACGUGCCAUCCCAAAUCGCCUCACAUGGACACAUCAUGAGACUGGAAUUUCAGUCGGAUCACUCCAACACCGGAAAAGGCUUCAACAUCAGUUAUACAACAUUUGGGCAGAAUGAGUGUCACGAUCCAGGCGUUCCUGUCAACGGUCAAAGGUACGGGGACCAGUUUCAGCUCGGCAGCUCCGUGGCUUUCCGUUGUGACCAAGGAUUCAUCAGGACGCAGGGGUCAGAUCAGGUCACCUGCAUCAUCCAAGACGGGAAUGUUGUUUGGUCUGCGGCUGUGCCUCGCUGUGAAGCUCCAUGUGGAGGCCAUCUCACCGCCCCUACAGGAGUUCUCCUCUCUCCUGGAUGGCCUUCUUUCUAUAAGGAUUCUCUCAACUGCAAGUGGGUGAUUGAAUCGCAAGCUGAUCAUGCGGUGAAGAUACACUUUGACAGGUUUCAGACUGAAGUCAACUAUGACACACUGGAGAUACGGGACGGCCCAUCAUCCUCCUCCCCCCUGAUCGGCGAAUACCACGGAACCCAAGCGCCUCAUUUCCUGAUCUCCACGUCCAACUUCCUGUUCCUGUUGUUCACCAGUGACAACAGUCGCUCUGCGGCGGGCUUCAGCAUCAGAUACGAGAGUGUGAAAAUGGAGUCAGACUCUUGUCUUGACCCCGGUAUUCCAGUCAAUGGGCGUCGCCAUGGCAGCAGCUUUUCCAUUGGCUCCCGUGUCUCGUUUACAUGCGACCCAGGGUAUACUCUGAGUGAUCAGGAGCCUAUUGUUUGCGAGCAGAAUCAUCAGUGGAGUCACGCCCUUCCCAGCUGUGAUGCUCUCUGCGGAGGCUAUGUCUAUGGGAAAAUGGGCACAAUUCUUUCGCCGGGAUUUCCUGACUUCUACCCCAAUUCUCUGAACUGCACCUGGACCAUCGAGGUGUCUCAUGGUAAAGGAGUUCACCUGGUCUUCCAUACUUUCCAUUUGGAGGAGAACCAUGACUACCUGUCCAUCACAGAGGAUGAAAAUUUCCUGGUUCCAGUUGCCCGACUUACUGGCUCCGUGCUGCCCCCCAGUGUCAAGGCGGGGCUCUUUGGGAAUUUCAGCGCUCAACUACGAUUCAUAUCAGAUUUCUCCAUGAGUUACGAGGGUUUUAAUAUUACGUUCUCAGAAUACGAUUUGGAACCUUGUGAGGAUCCGGGUGUUCCGGCUUUCAGCAGACGCACAGGAUUCCGAUUCCAAGUUGGUGACUCGCUUGCCUUUUCUUGUUUCAACGGUUACCGACUCGACGGGGACAGUAAGAUUACCUGUCUGGGUGGAGGCAGGCGAGUGUGGAGCAACACGCUGCCCAGAUGUAUAGCUGAGUGUGGAGCCACGUCUCUGGGACCAGAAGGUGUUCUUGUCUCCCCGAACUUCCCUUCCAACUAUGACAACAAUCACGAAUGCAUCUACCGCGUGACCACAGAGAAGGGAAAAGGAAUCAGGCUGAAAGCUGAGAGCUUCUCUCUGCAGGAUGGAGACUACCUCAAGGUGUAUGAUGGUGAGAACAGUUCGUCUCGUCUCCUUGGGAAUUUCACCUGGGAAUCUAUGAUGGGUCGUGUCAUCAAUAGUACCUCCAAUCACUUGUGGCUGGAGUUUAACAGCAACGCCUCCGGAACUAAUCAAGGCUUUCACCUCACAUACACAAGUUUUGACCUGGUACGGUGCGAAGAACCUGGCAUCCCUAGUUAUGGCUACAAGAUCCAGGACGAUGGCCAUUAUGCCAACACAUUCGUCCUUUACUCCUGCAACCCUGGCUACAGUCUCCAUGGAAGUAGUACGUUGACCUGUCUAAGUGGGGACAGGCGUGUCUGGGACAAGCCACUUCCAUCCUGUAUAGCGGAGUGUGGAGGUCACAUCACUGGAGCAGUGUCUGGACGAAUUCUAUCUCCGGGAUACCCUGCCCCAUAUGACAACAAUCUCCACUGUACCUGGACUAUAGAGGCGGAUACCGGCAAGACUAUCAGUCUCCACUUUAUCGUCUUUGACACUGAGAUCGGCCAUGACAUCCUGAGAGUCUGGGAUGGGCCAUCAGGGCCGUCGGACGGAGGGAUCCUUUUGAAAGAAUGGUCCGGCCCGGCCUUACCAGAAGAUAUCCAUUCAACUUUUAAUGUACUUACGCUUCAGUUUGACGCUGACUACUUCAUCAGCAAGCAAGGCUUUUCCAUCCAGUUUUCCACCACAACAGCGACGACCUGUAAUGACCCUGGGAUCCCAGUAAAUGGCUCUCGAUACGGGGACAGUAAGGAGCCCGGUGACAGUAUGACGUUUCAGUGUGACCCUGGCUAUCAGCUCCAGGGUCCUGAUACCAUCACGUGUGUCCGAAUGGAUAACAGAUUCUACUGGCAGCCUGACCCGCCAACAUGCAUGGCAACCUGUGGUGGAAACAUCAGUGGCCCUUCUGGAGUGAUCCUGUCUCCUAACUACCCCCAACCUUACCCCCCAGGAAAAGAGUGUGAUUGGCGAAUCCGAGUCAACCCAGACUUUGUCAUUGCACUUAUCUUCAAAAGUUUUAACAUGGAGCCCAGUUAUGACUUCCUGCACAUUUACGAGGGCGAAAACUCUAAUGGGCCUCUGCUGGCGAGUCUCCAAGGCAACCAAGCCCCCGAGCGCAUCGAGAGCAGUGGUAACAGUCUUUUCCUGGCAUUCCGAUCGGACGCCUCACUGGGCAUGUCUGGCUUCGCCAUUGAGUUCAGAGAAAAGCCCAGGGAGGCCUGUUUUGAUCCCGGUAACAUCAUGAAUGCUAGUCGGACCGGCUAUGACUAUAAACUGGGAUCUCAGGUGUCCUAUAACUGUCACCACGGCUACACAACAGUGGGGGGCCAAACAAUAACCUGCGUGAUGGGCCAGGAUGGGAAGCCAGUCUGGGACAAGACUCUGCCGUCUUGUAAAGCCCCGUGUGGUGGACAGUAUGGAGGAUCUGAGGGAGUGGUUUUGUCUCCAAACUACCCUUUAAACUACACAGCUAGACAAAUCUGCUCGUACUACAUUACAGUACCGCCACAGUUUGUUGUUUUUGGUCAAUUUGCCAUUUUCCAAACUGCCAUGAAUGACUCAGUGGAACUAUUUGAUGGAGCCAAUGAAAACUCACGAUUGCUAAGUUCCCUGGCGGGAUCACAUUCAGGAGAGACAUUACCCUUGGCAACUUCCCAUCAAAUAAUGCUGCGUUUCAAUGCCAAGAGCGGCCAACCAGCUAAAGGUUUUCACUUUGUCUACCAAGCCGUGCCUCGGACGAGCGACAGUCAGUGUAGCUCGGUGCCGGAGCCUCGGUACGGCAGGCGGAUCGGCUCCGAGUUCUCGGCCGGCUCGGUGGUCCGUUUUGAGUGCAGUCCAGGAUAUCUGCUCAAGGGAUCCAGUGCGAUCCGGUGCCAGGCUGUACCCGGUGCCCUGGCACAGUGGAAUUCAACAACCCCAAGCUGCAUCGUUCCCUGCAGUGGGAAUCUGACAGAGCGCCGCGGCACCAUAUUGUCUCCCGGUUUUCCGGAACCGUACCCAAACAGUCUCAACUGUCUGUGGCGAAUCCACGUCAGUGAAGGAGCUGGGAUACAGAUUCAAGUGAUGACAUUUGCUACUGAGCACAACUGGGAUUCUCUGGAGAUCUACGAUGGGGGAGACAUGACGGCUCCUAAAUUAGGGUCAUUUUCUGGAACUACAGCUCCUGCCCUCCUUAACUCCACAUCCAAUCAGCUUCUCUUGCACUUUCAGAGUGACAUUAGUGUUGUGGCUGCAGGCUUUCACCUUGAAUACAAAACCGUCGGUCUGACCAGCUGCCCGGAGCCGAUGAUUCCAGCAAACGGCAUCAAAAACGGAGAUAGAUACAUGGUCAAUGAGGUAGUGGCCUUCACCUGCGAGCCGGGAUACACUUUACGGGGCCAUUCUCAUAUUUCCUGCAUGCCUGGGACCGUGCGCCGAUGGAACUACCCUCCUCCUCUUUGCAUAGCUCGUUGUGGCGGGGUAUUGUCUGAUGUCACAGGAGUGGUCCUGAGUCCAGGUUUCCCCGGCAACUACCCCGGCAACCUGGACUGCACCUGGCAGAUUAUCUUGCCGACAGGAUAUGGAGCGCAUAUUCAGUUCCAAAACUUUUCAUCUGAAGAUAACCACGACUUCCUGGAGGUUCGGUCAGGAGCACAGCACAGCUCUGCCCUCAUUGGACAGUUCACUGGUUCGCAAGUCCCACCCUCUCUUCUCAGUACCACCCACCAGACCAUUAUUCAUUUCUACAGUGACCAUUCCGAGAACAGGAUGGGAUUCAAACUCACUUAUCAAGCUUAUCAACUUCAAAACUGCCAGGAUCCUUCACCUUUCACCAAUGGCGACAUCAUCAACAGCGACUAUAGUGCUGGCCGGUCAAUAACAUUCCUGUGUUACCCUGGGUAUGUUUUGAUUGGACACCCAGUCCUCACAUGUCUGCACGGGACCAACCGGAAAUGGAAUCACCCAUUUCCGCACUGUGAGGCUCCCUGUGGCUACAAUGUCACAGCCGAAAAUGGGACCAUUUAUUCGCCUCAGUACCCCAAUGAAUACCCCAAUUCCCAAGACUGCAGCUGGCUCAUCACCGUUCCUCAUGGACAUGGAGUUUACAUCAACUUUACCUUGUUGCAGACUGAGCCUGUCACCGAUUACAUUGCUGUAUGGGACGGUGCUGAUGCAUCCAGUCCUCAGCUGGGAGUCUUCAGCGGCAACACGGCAUUAGAGUCGGCCUACAGUUCCAGCCCCAAGGUUCUGAUCCGCUUUCACUCUGACUUUUCAACUGGAGGAUUCUUCAUACUCAACUUCCAUGCCUACCGUUUGAAGAAAUGCCCUCCUCCCCCUGUCGUGAAGAAUGCUGAGAUAAUCUAUGAGGAUGAAGAUUUCUUAAUAGGUGAUAUUGUGGCUUAUCGCUGUUUCCCUGGAUACACACUUGUUGGAAAGGCGGAGCUCAUGUGUACACUCAACUCUCAUUUAUUGUUUGAGGCCCCGCCACCAACAUGCCAAGCUCAAUGUCCAGCCAACGAGGAGCGGUCUUCAUCAUCAGGAGUCAUUCUGAGUCCCAUGUUUCCCAGCAACUACCCCAACAGUCAGACCUGCUCCUGGCUGCUGCGCAUGCUUCCAGGUUACAUCAUCAAUAUCUACGUUGAGAUGUUCCACAGUGAGAAGCAGUUUGACGAGCUGGAAAUUUUUGAUGGAUCCUCAGGGCAGAGCCCUUUGCUUGUGGCUCUCAGUGGAAAUCAUUCAUCGCAGCUCAACUUCACCUCCAAAACCAAUCAGCUUUACCUACGAUGGUCCACAGACCAUGCAACCAACAAGAGAGGAUUCAAAAUAAGAUACUCGGCUGCAUACUGUAGUAUUAAUGAUCCCCCAGCAAACGGGGGCGUUGUCAACCGAACGAAACUCCAACCAGGUAGCAAACUUCAAUUCUACUGUAACCAUGGUUACCAUCUAGUCGGCUCUACGAAUUCUACCUGUAGACUCUACCCCAAUGGGCUUUUCCAAUGGGACACACCGCAACCAUUUUGUCAAGCCAUCUCCUGUGGGAUCCCCCAGUCACCUGGCAAUGGCAGCUUCUACGCCUACCAUUACAAUGUGGGCAGUCAGGUGACCUACCACUGUAAACACGGUUAUCACCUUGAUCCCAGUCUUCCGGCGACAGCAGUGUGUUUGGAGGAUGGGAGCUGGAGCAAUUCCGCCUCACCCCCAAGCUGCCUCUCCAUCCACUGUCCCAGCAUUGAGGGUGCCUUGUCAGAUCACAUGACCUACCGUCUGCUGUCUGGUACACUGGGAGAGUUUGGUUCCAUGGCUAUGUUGGAAUGCUCAGCGGGGUAUUCUUUCGGGGCAGGGCAUCGGACACUGAGCUGCCUCGCCAAUGGGACUUGGGAGGGGUCAGAUGACCCAGCAACAUGCAAGAUCUUAUCCUGUGGGGAUCUUGCGUCGCCUCCAUUCGGCACCAAACUGGGAACGUUGACCACAUUUGGUGCAACUGCAAUCUUUACGUGUAACCACGGUUACACAUUGGUGGGUUCUCAUGUCAGAGAAUGUGAAGCCAAUGGGCUAUGGAGUGGUUCUGAGACCAGGUGCCUGGCUGGCCACUGUGACUCUCCAAAUCCUAUCGUCAAUGGGCACAUUAGCGGUGAUGGCUCCAGUUACCGCGACACAGUGGUGUACCAGUGCAUGCUGGGAUAUCGCCUGAUUGGCACAUCCGUCAGAAUCUGCCAGCAAGAUCACCGCUGGUCCGGAACAACACCUGUUUGUGUCCCCAUAACUUGUGGUCACCCCGGGAACCCAGUCAACGGGCGGACAAACGGUAGUGAGUUCAACCUCAACGAUGUUGUCAACUUCACCUGUAACAAAGGUUACAUUCUAAGUGGAAAUGCCCGCGCCCAGUGUCGAGUCAACGGGCAGUGGAGCAGCCCCCUACCGCUCUGCAAAGUGGUAAACUGUUCUGAUCCAGGACACGUGGAGAACGGUGUGCGGCAGUCUGGACUACGAUACCCCGAAAUCUUCAGCUACGGUAUAACAGUGGCCAUCCACUGCAAACGAGGAUUCUACUUGCUUGGGUCAGCGCUCCUCACCUGUCAGCAUGAUGGACGCUGGGACAGGCCAACUCCUCGAUGCUUGGCUAUUUCCUGCGGUGACCCCGGUGUGCCCCCAAAUGUAAUUGUGCCUGGGACUCCGACCUGGACAUAUGGCUCUGUGCUGCAGUACUCCUGCGUGCCAGGAGGGACGCUGGUGGGCAAUGCUACACGCCACUGCCAAGAGGACGGCACCUGGAGUGGGUCACCGCCCUACUGCACUGGUCUGAGUCCAGGGAUGUGCGGGGACACGGGGGUUCCUCCCCACGGUGCCCGUUUAGGAGGGGAAGAGUUUAAAACCAAGAGCCUGCUGCGUUUCAGCUGCGAGGCGGGAUACAAUCUGAUUGGCUCCGCCGAGAGGACGUGCCUCCAUAACGGCACCUGGAGUGGAAUGCAGCCUGUGUGUCAAGCUGUAUCGUGCGGGAACCCCGGCACCCCGGCUCAAGGCCGAAUCGUCUUCAGCGACGGCAUCACCUUCGGCAGCUCGGUGGCGUACGCGUGCUGGGAAGGGUUCAAAACAUCGGGCCUCACCACCAGACACUGCACAACGAACGGGACGUGGACGGGGCAACCGCCAGACUGCACUGUGAUCAGUUGCGGAGACCCGGGCCCGAUUGCCAAUGGCGUCUACUCGGGACGUGAGUUCACCUUCAACCACACGGUGGCAUACCGGUGUAGCCCGGGUCACCUGAUGGAACCGCCUGGCCGCAAUGUUUUACGCUGCACGAAAGAUGGGAUGUGGAACCAAACCAAACCCGGUUGUAUAGUGAUCCAGUGCCGACCUCCACCUCAAGUACAAAACGGGGAAGUCAAAGGAACCGACUAUUCUUGGGGAUCAAGCGUGAGCUACGGUUGUUUCCAUGGCUACCAAUUGUCCUUGCCAGCUGUGUUGACCUGUGAGGGGAAUGGAACGUGGACCGGAGAUUUACCGCAAUGUCUGCCCGUGCUGUGCGGUGAUCCGGGGUCCCCCGGAGGCGGGUUCCGAGAAGGAAGUAUCUUUACUUACCGGUCCGAGGUCCGAUUCUACUGCCAUACGCCCUACUUGUUGGUUGGCUCCGCCUCCAGAGUGUGUCAGGCUGAUGGCAUUUGGAGUGGCCAACAACCGGCCUGCAUAGAUCCUGCAUUUAACAGCUGUCGGGACCCGGGAACACCAGUUUAUGGUAUACCAGUCCAAGCCCUGGGCCUUCAGGUUGGAAGUAAGAUUUCAUUCAAGUGCCGUAAGAACUACCACAUCCUUGGUUCUACCACAAGAACGUGUUUGGAAAAUCUCACCUGGAGUGGAACACAACCUGAAUGCAUAGCCCACUCGUGCCGACAGCCCGAAACCCCCGGUAACGUGGAUGUUCGCUCCAUGGAUCUGCCAACAUUAGGAUAUACGCUUAUCUACACCUGUCAAGACGGUUUCUAUUUGGCUGGAGGAUCAGAACACAGGACAUGUAAAAGUGAUGGGAGAUGGUCGGGAAAACCACCGCUGUGCAAAGUUGGAGUUAAAGUCAACCCUAAAGGCAGAGGGGAGACGGACAUCCAGAAGAACAAAAUUCGAGUUCCGGUGGACGUGUUCUCCCCCAACUCAGAAUGGAGAGGAUUCUACGAGUAUCUGAGCAAGAGACAGGCCACAACAUUCACAGUGUCUGGGUUCAACGCGAGCAGUGGAAGAGUCAACAUCACUUUACUCGAGACCAGUGGAGUGUCCAUCAGACUAUCAGGUACCUACAAGUCUGAGGAGAACCAGCUUCUACUGAAGGUUUAUCAAGUCAAAGGGCCCACAGAGCAUUAUUACAGCAAGUUUAAGAACGACAACUGGGCAAUGGAUGGAUAUGUCACUUCAGAAUCUGACCAGAAAACAUUUGUCUAUCAGGGCCAUAUUCACAGUAAAGACUUUGGCAAGUUCCAUUUGACAAGGCAAGGCCCUGUAACCACGGUGAUAGAUCCAUCCAACCCCUACACGAACAGCAGCUCUGUGGCAGCGGCCAUCUUGGUUCCUUUUUUUGCCCUCAUCUUGUCGGGAUUCGCCUUCUACCUCUACAAGCACAGGACGUUGUCUGCUGACACAGAUGACAAUGAAAGACCAAAAGACACCUGGGGGCCUGGCGGCAGAACCCGUCCGAAGGUCCAGUUCAACGGCUACGUGGGCCACGAAAGCACCAACGGUCAAGCAUCAUUUGAAAACCCGAUGUACGACACCAACAUGAAGCCCACCGAGGCUAAAGCCGUCCGAUUCGACACCACGCUGAAUACAGUAUGCACUGUGGUAUAGCCCGGCACACCCGCCGCUACUUUGUGCAGUGGUGCGGUCCGACCGGGCUGUCGGCGAUCACGCUUUCACCAACAGGACAAACGAGCAAACUCAUGAUUGACACUGGUCACGUGGAGCAGUCUGCGCAGUGGCAUAUGCUAUUCAGCAUACUCUGCGCGGUGAUGUGCCUCUGCUCCCGCGUCACACGAGCCUCCUCCGCCUCCUCCUUCGGCAAAAUUCGACAGCGAUGUCAUUUAAAAAAAGUUAGUUCAUAGUCAGGGGAUACGUGUCCUGUUCAGACACGAAGGAAAAACAGACAACUCAAAACGUCCUACCGUUCUUAACUUUCGACAUAGAACGCUUCGUACUGCACCAAUAGCCUUCUUGAUACCUUUCCUCUAACACUUGAUAGAUGGUGGCCCCAAUCUAAUCCCACAGUCCUGUGCCAAAUAUACGCAUGUAUAUGCACAGUGGUAAAAAAAAAAAAAAAAAAAAAAAAAGACCUUAAUCGCUUCACUGCUGCAGGCCAGACAUCUUUGACUGAUUUGAGCUUGGACCCACAGGGGAAGCAAUCUUUCACCUCUCCAGGCUUAAAGUCCUAAUUAGACGGUACAUACUUUUCAACACAAAUGGCACAGGACAAACCUCUCCCACUGGGCAUCGGGAUGAGCUUGAAAGGACUCAACCUGGAUUUAAAGGCAAAGAACGUGCACAGACUGCUGUGACAUUGCCUUCUAAAUCCAGUGAAUGUGACUGAAGUUUCGUCGUGUCACUGAUUUACCUGAAGCGUUCUUGAAGUACGGAACGUAAACGUUUCAUUGGCGCUUGGAUUAGUUGCUUUCCGGAUGAGAAGACUUCAGUUUUAGACAAUCACAGAGUUGAUUUUCAGUGAUUGUCGCGACCUUCAACUAGUUAGGUCUUUGCCUUUUCCUUGGGUCUUGGCAACAAUUAGGCUAUUGCUAAACAUUCAAAAUUUUGCAAAUUGUAGUUCACGUUGCUGAUGUGGAGUCAAUUCCCCCUCAAUGCCACCAUACAAAGUCCACGGUGUAGUCCGCCUUUUGCCCUCAGACGGGUUGACUCGAGCCCCUCUCGUGACCCUAAACCUGUUAACUCAUCCUAGAUGUGUUUUAAACCCCUUAUAAAAGUUUACAAAAGACAAAAUCUCCCGAAGUGGCAUUCAGACUACCGUGCACCCGAAAUUCAAAUAAUUGUGACGCUAUACACAAUUGUGAGUUUUCCAGAAAGCUGUCAAACACAAUCAAAUUGUCUUGAGUUGUCACGCUUGGGCCAGCCAGGAUUGCGUGCUCGCUGACUGAACAACGGGGGACACCUGCGGGCCAUAAACUGUCAGGAUCGUCGACCCAGGAAACAACUUCAAGUCUCCGGUGGAAGAGAAUAUCAGCCAGGUGAUAUUUUUCACCAGUCAGUCACAAAAACACAAGCAGACGAACACACUUAGACGACUGGACAAAGGACGUUCUAUGUUGGGAACGAGAGACGAUGACAGGUUGCUGUGGAAACAGAGGCAAAUUGUCUCUGCGGGCAUUUUUUCUUCAGUGAAGAUAUUCAUGAACAAAGUCUUAUGUUCAAAACCCAGUGGCCCAAUGGGACUUCCCACUCUGCUGCUGCUGGGGACCCCCCGACUAUAAACUUUAUAUAGACUCUUAAAUCGCACAAUUUUUGCACUAGUGUGUUUUUCUGACUGGGUUAUGAGAAAAAAUAUUAUAAUAAUUUUGGGGUCUUGAAAUGGGUUUGGAAACAAGAGUCCUUCAAAUUAAGAGAGUUUAUUUCAAAGCUUCUAUCUUUAAAAAAAAAAAAAAAAAGAAAGAGAUCACAGAUGGCUAAAAACAGGGUUACAGAGUGUUUGUAUAUAUACAUUUAUAUUUCACACCAAACGCCCGCAGAAGGUGCGAGCACCUGCUAUAACCCUGUUUAUUUUGUUGUCGUGACAACGUUCUAGCCCACCCAGAAAGUUGAGAUGACUUUACCUGUGGACCUCCUGUGUUGUAACGGCACGGCGACACGUUAACGACCACGUCUGUUCCCGAAAGCUCGUACUGAGCUCUGCGACUACUCUUUUAACGCUCGCCCAAAUAGCACACAGCGUGAUGCUUUACACUAAGAUGACAUGGUAUAUAUACACAAGUCCGCUUCAUUAAAAGUUGCAGACAGUAGAAGUUUUCAGAAACAGACAAGUCUUUAAAAAAAAAAAAAAAAAGAUGUUUUAAAUGCUCCACCACUCACGCUCAUCUUUUAAUGCACUUUUUCUUCCCUCCCCCCUGCACACAACUUUAAAGAGCGCACCGUCUGCGCGACUUCAUCACUUAAAGGUGCAAUUUAUCUAAACAAACAAGCUGUUUAUUGCUGCAUUUCAGACCUGGAAUCAAUACGAGGCAGCGUAUCUUUCAAAAAGUUGCCUUUUCCAAACAGAUUGCAAGAAACAAAGUCUCUAACCCUCCAUUCGUCAGACAAGUGUCGUUCCAGAAGUCACCUCUGGGCUUGGUCCCGUUUAGGGGACUAAUUAAAAGUGUGAGAUCAAGAACACGAGAGGCGAACUCCUGCUUAGUGUGUAAAAUGGCCUUUGACAAGAAAUUGCGCGCCUGAUUGAUGAUCAACAAAACAGCCUGCGGCAUUGUACUCGUUUUGCAUAAACAAAUAGCGUCCCGGUCAUUUUUGGUCCUGGCUAUAAAUUGAGGAAACUCUUCCACGGAAAUGAUGAAAAACAAUCGGCAACCCGAACCUCAAUGAUGAAGGCGCAUUCCCAACAUGAUUUUUAUCGCUUAUGCCACUCACUUUUUUUAACAUUAUCUUCCACACGUGUAAACACUCAUAACUCAAACACUCAAGCGUGCAGUUCAUUUCUUGACAUUUAAACUCAAAAUGUUGUAUUUGCGGGGUAUAUUUUGCACGAUCUAAAAUCAUCCGCGUGUCUGAAAUGACUCGCAAGCUUGUCAAAAGUAUCUUGAUUUUUUUUUUAUUUUUUGCUCCCCAAAGAUGCUGCAUUGGGUUUAGAGGUAGCUGUUGUCUAGUGCGCAUAUUCCAGUGUCUGCAGGCUAGUUUGACACUCAGCGCACCACAUUCUCACAUUAGAGUUUGCACUGGAGGGUUUUUUCCUUUGACCCGCAUAACUUUGUCAGGGUGAAGUUUACAUUUUGGUGUGUUGGGUUUAUAAAUGUUGCAGCCUCAAUCCAGCGAACAAAAUUGAACAAAUUCUACCUGGCCAAAAUCGCAUUAAUUACAAUUAAGUUUGCAUAAAAACAAUCUUGAAAGGUAAACUCGCUAAGAGCUCAGUUACUACUGAAAACAUUUUGUAUCAGAAAAUUGUUCAUUUACCGUGCAAAGUGUGUUGACAUUAAUAAAUAUUUUAUUCAUUUAACAAUUAACAGAAAACGAAUCCACAGUCAAAAAAAUAAGUAUUUGAACAUCCUACUAUAUUGCGAGUAUAAUCAUUGAAGGGUCUGAAAUUUUCAUCGUAGGUGCAUGUCCACUGUG